UCUCAUAUGACAGCUGAAAAUCACUAUGGAAGCUAAUGGGCAUCCAUCAAUCAGCUGGAAAAUUCAUAAACAAAUGAUUGGAAAGGGGAGAUAUUUUUCCCUUUAACAUAAAUGGAGUUAUUCCCUGUUGUUUUCUGGUAAUAUUCUUAGGUUGUAGCAUGGGCUGGCUUUAUCUGUGGCCGUUGCCUGAAAGCAUAGAUUCUCUUUCUCUAUAUUGCAGAAUGAGGAAACCCCAUUCAACCUGGCUCUGCCAUUUAACGAUGCAUGUAGUUUCUGUAUUGAUUCUCUGCCCUCAUGGAAAGAUAGCUUACUUUUGUUAUCAUCUUUGCCUCUCCCUUUCAAGGAUGCUCUAUGUUUCCUUUCCUUUCCUUUCCUUUUUUUUUUCCCACUUUUUCUUUUGGCGGUGGUUAUGUUUAUUACAUGGGAAAUUUGAUUAAACAAUUUACUCAAAAGGUGUUGCAUGUUCACAUCCUUUAUUCUUCUUUCGGGUAUAAAUUGAGAGGCCACGGAUUAUGUUUUUCUCAUUGAAGUAAGCCAUUAACAUUUCUCAAAUCCUAGUGCAAGUGUGUCCUUGUUAGCUACAUCUGUGUUUUGUUAUUGAGAAGAAUGAGUUAUUCAAAUUCUUCUAUGGGUUCUGGAAGUAGGACGGCUAGGAGAACAAUUGAGUUUGGAAGGACAUAUGUAGUGAGGCCCAAAGGGAAACAUCAGGCUACUAUUGUUUGGCUACAUGGUCUUGGUGAUAACGGUUCAAGUUCAUCACAACUGUUGGAAUCCCUUCCUCUACCGAAUAUUAAAUGGAUCUGUCCUACUGCUCCUACUCGUCCUGUGGCUAUUCUUGGUGGAUUUCCUUGCACUGCAUGGUUUGAUGCUGGGGAUCUUACUGAAGAUGGUCCUGAUGAUGUCGAAGGUUUAGAUGCAUCGGCUGCACAUAUAGCAAACCUGUUAUCAACUGAACCCGCUGAUAUUAAGCUUGGCAUUGGAGGUUUUAGUAUGGGUGCUGCAACUGCUCUCUACUCAGCUACCUGUUUUUCCCAAGGAAAAUAUGGAAAUGGAUAUCCAUAUCAAAUCAAUCUUAAAGCGAUAAUUGGCCUAAGCGGUUGGCUUCCAUGUUCAAGGAGCUUGAGGAGCAAAAUCGAAGGAUCAAAUGAAGCUGCUAGGCGUGCUGCUUCUUUACCUAUUUUACUUUGCCAUGGAAAAUGCGAUGACGUGGUUCCAUACAAGCACGGCGAGAGGUCAACUAACGCACUGACCUCGGCUGGUUUUCGAUAUGUAGGCUUCAAAAUCUAUGAUGGGAUUGGUCACUAUACUGUCCCUAAAGAGAUGGAUGAUGUCUGCAAUUGGCUGAACUCGAGGCUGGUUCUUGAAGGAUCUCGAUUUUGAAUUAUGUGGAAAAGACCGGGGAGAAACAUUAACAUUAUAUGGUGUGAGGCGGCAGCUAUAAUAGUUUUCUUUUGCAUUAUAUCGAGUGAUGCGGCUACUAUCGAUUUUCUUUGAUUUAUUAUACUUUUUUUGGUUCUUAAUGUCCUUGUUGAGAUUUUACCUUCCAUAAAGAAUAAAUUCAUAUUGUAUAUGUACUGUUUUGUGAACUACUGUAUGGGAUUUUGUAUUUGUGAAUGUUUUUUAUCGAAUAAACUAUGGCGUUUUAGUA